AUGGUUGAGCCUGCGGUCUGUAAUGUGGCUGAGAAUCAAGAGGAGGAAGGUGAAGUAAUAGAGCGUGCCGAGAAUAUUGAAUUAGGUCAGUCCAUCAGCUUAGGCAGUGUUCAAGCUGAGGGUACUGGUCAUUCUGAAGAAGCUGAGAAACCUUUCUUCCUAGUCAAUAAUAGGAAGUGUGACCGCAAGGGAUGGAAGUUUUUUGGAAACUAUGAGGAGAAUGAUGCAGGACGGAUUGUUCUUGUUUGGGAUCCUCGUGUUAUGGUUUUUGUUUAUCAAGACCGCAGUUCUCUUCUCUCGGGUCUUGUGGCCUUAAAUGCCUCUACUCCGGUUUCUCGUUGUCCGUGGGCUGUUCUUGGAGACUUUAACCAGAUUCUGCGUAUUAGUCACCAUUCUAACCACUUAUCUGCUCGGGUUGACACUUUGGAAAUAGAGGAUAUAAAUCUUGCGCUUCAGGAAGCUGAUUUGUUGAAGAACAAGCGAAAGUGGUCUGAUUCUUUUCCUGAUGCGUAUGCGGACUUCUUGGACCCAAGUCAAUCUGAUCAUGCCCCCUGCUUAUUCCGCGUCCCAUCUCUCAGAAGACGAGUUUGUAAGCCUUUUAAAUUCUUCCACCACGUCAUUGAUCAUCCUCAGUACGCUGACUUGGUUAGGGAAGGAUGGCAAUUUAAUCAGAUUGUGGGCACAAAUCAGUUCAAACUGCGUGCGUUGCUUACUUCUCCUGAUACUGUUACAUCAAGGGAGGAGCAUUCUCAGAGGGCUGAAUUGAAUAUUCUACUUACAGCAGAAGGAAAAUUCUACAGAGAACGCUCUAGGGUGCAAUGGGCUGAUGUCGGGGAUAGGAACACUGUGUUUUAUCACCGAACUGUAUCACAGCAUGUGACCAGAAACCACAUUCACUUCUUGAAAGAUCAGAAUGACCAGCUCAUCUUCACUGCAGAUGACAUAAAGUCCCAUUCUGCUUCGUACUUUCAGUCCAUCCUAGGCACCACUGAUCUCCCUGUCUCUAUGGCCCCUCUAUCAGAGUUACAAGAUCUUCUUCCAUUCCGCUGCACGGAUAUCCAGCAAGCAUACCUAUCUAGAAGUGUGCUCGAGGCUGAGAUAAAAGCAACAAUAUUUUCUAUGCCAUUGAAUAAGAGCCCUGGCCUUGACGGCUAUUCUAUGGAGUUCAUAAGAUCAUCUUGGGACAUUGUUGGUGGGGAUGUUAUUGCAGCGGUUAUCUCAAAGAUCAUCGCAAACAGACUCAAGCCUAUUCUUCAGAAGUGUGUAAGUCCAAACCAAGCGGCUUUCUUGAAAGGCCGUCACCUAGGUGAGAAUGUCUUACUUGCUUCAGAGCUGAUCUGUGACUACAACAAAGCUUCUUGUAAUCGAAGUGAGGCACAAAAUUUCCCUCCUCUCUUCAUCUCUUGGAUCAGAGAAUGUAUUACUUCUCCUCGGUUCUCUGUGGCAAUUAACGGGGAGUUAGCGGGGUUUUUCGAAGGAAGAAAAGGGUUAAGGCAGGGUGAUUGUAUCUCGCCCUACCUCUUUAUUAUGGUCAUGGAGGUGCUCUCUAUUUUGCUGAACAGGGCGGACCAGCAGGGUGAGUUACGUCUUGAUCCCCUGUGCACUUCACCGCGUCUCACUCACUUGCUCUUUGCUGAUGAUCUCUUGGUAUUUUCUGAUGGCUCUCGGAUUAAAUCAGUAAUGGCUUCUUUCAAGUUGUGGUCGGGCCUUGAUAUGAAUGAAGCCAAAUCUGAAAUAUUCUUUGGUGGUUAUACUGAUAUUCAAGCAUCGGUGCUUGCUGAUUUGUCGGGUUUUAAGCGGGGAUCAUUUCCCACUCGGUAUCUCGGUCUCCCUCUUGACCCAAAGAGGAUCACAAUGGCUACGCUGCAGCCGUUUCUGGAACAUAUCACUUCAAAGCUACACUCAUGGAAUGUGAAGUGUCUCUCCUUUUCGGGAAAGAUACAGCUCAUAUACUCAGUGAUCUAUGGAAUGGUCAACUUCUGGAGUUCCGUCUUCGUUCUCCCUAAGCGGACUUCUUCUGCCUCUGGAGCUCGCGUCUCGUGGUCUGAUAUCUGUAAAGCGAAAAAAGAAGGUGGUUUAGGGUUGAGAAAGUUAGAAGAGUUUGAGUUAUUCUUCAGAUUGAAGCAGUUAUGGAACUUUUUCUCCAACUCCGGCUCCUUGUGGGUAGCCUGGCUGUCUCAUAAUCGCUUCGGUGAUAAAAACUUUUGGCUGGUUAGGGAUUCUCAGCAUUUUUCUGCGACGAUCAUAAGUAUGUUGCAACUAAAAAACAUCCUUCCUCAGUUUCUGCGUUGUGCUGUUGGUGAUGGGCAAAGAGCCUCCUUUUGGUAUGAUUAUUGGACAGACUUGGGUCCGCUAUAUCUGCUAUUCUCAUCAGGUCCUAGGCAGCUUCAAGUUCAUGACUCUGCCUCUGUUUCUGAUGCUGUCUGGAAUGGUGAAUGGUUCCUGCCUCCAGCAAGUUCUGAGAAUGCAGUCACCCUACAAAUUGUCUUAUCUUCUACUGCAGUUCCAUUGGUUGAAAAGGGAGGUGAUACCUACCUGUGGCGGAUUCAAUCUGGUGGUUUUGCUAAUAAAUUUUCGUCUCAAAUAACUUGGGAUAGAUUGAGAACUUCAUCAGCUGAAGUAGUAUGGCAUGAUGAAAUUUGGUUCAAGGAAGAAGUUCCACGUUGCUCUUUCGUUGCGUGGAUGUCUAUGCUUGGCAGGCACCCUACUGGGGAUCACCUGAUUUCUUGGGGUCUCUCUGUCCCUGCAAACUGUGUCUUAUGCGCUAAUGGCAUCGAGUCCCACAACCAUCUUUUCUUUGGCUGUCCUUACGCCGUUGCUAUCUGGACCCGUUACUGCGGAAGGUUUAUCUCUGUUCCACCUUUGGACCUUCCAGCUGCGGUCAACAUCAUCUCGCAAUAUCAGGGACAGUUCUCUUCGCAGGUUAGACCCAUCAUGAAGUUGAUUCUCCAGGCUGUGAUCUAUAGCCUUUGGCGUGAGCGCAAUGCUCGGAUUUUCAGGGAUGUCUCUUUACCGGCGGGGCCUUUCUUCAAGCAAGUGGACCGGGGGCUUCGUGACAGGCUGCUCUCUCUUCCUCCUUCCCCGACUGAUGCUCACUCUCUCUUAGAGUUGUACUUUUGGUUCACUGAUCCUUAUAGUUAA